AUGGCCCCCGCUGCUGUUGUGGAAGCUCCUGUGGCUCAGACUCCUGUUCCUUCCUUCAAGAAGGACCGUGAUGGACUGGCCUUGGAGAGCCUGUCCGACGACAUUGACAAGGUCAACAUUCUGAAGAGUAACCUGAAGAAGGAAAAUAAAGACAAGGAUAUUUACGAGGAGUCUGACUUCGACAAGAACAAGGACAAGACCCAGUUCCGCCAGUACGAGGACGCCUGUGACCGUGUCAAGAACUUCUACAAGGAGCAGCACACGAAGCAGACUGUCGCCUACAACCUCAAGGCUCGCAAUGACUUUCACUCUAAGACUCGUGCGGAGAUGAGCAUCUGGGAAGCCAUGGAGAAGCUGAACACAUUGAUCGACGAGUCUGACCCCGACACCUCACUUUCUCAGAUUGAGCACUUGCUCCAGUCUGCAGAGGCUAUCCGCCGGGACGGCAAGCCCAGAUGGAUGCAGCUGACCGGUUUGAUCCACGACUUGGGCAAGCUGCUCUACUUCUUCGACGCUCAGGGCCAGUGGGAUGUUGUUGGCGACACUUUCCCCGUUGGCCUUGCCUUCGACAACCGAAUUAUCUACGGUACCGAAUCCUUCAAGGACAACCCCGACUACGGCCACGAUGUCUACGGUACCAAAUUUGGAAUCUACAGCCCUGGCUGCGGCCUUGACAACGUGAUGCUCUCAUGGGGUCACGACGAGUACCUGUACCAUGUCGUCAAGGACCAGUCGACGCUGCCUGAGGAGGCCCUCGCCAUGAUCCGCUACCACUCCUUCUACCCGUGGCACAAUGCUGGAGCUUACCAAGAGCUCAUGAACGACAAGGACCAUCAGAUGCUGAAGGCAGUCAAGGCUUUCAACCCCUAUGACCUCUACAGCAAGAGUGACGAUGUCCCUUCCGUGGAGGAACUCAAGCCAUACUAUCUUGAGCUUAUCGAUGAAUUUUUCCCCAGCAAAGUCAUCAAGUGGUAG